AUGCCGGAUCCUUUCGUGAAAGGUGAAAUCCAUGAGAAGAAGGUCAUGCUGAGCGUCUGGUGGGGAGUUCAUGGAAUCUACCGUUUCGAACUGCUGCCGGACAACACGACAGUUACUGCCGAGGUGUAUUGCGCUCAACUGCAAAGACUGGCCGACAAGAUCCGCAAGGAGCACCCGAAGCUCGACAACGUUCGCCUGCUGCACGAUAACGCGCGCCCUCACAUCGCGAAAAAGACUUCACAGAAAAUUCUGGAGCUCAGAUGGGAAGUUCCACCGCACCCACCGUACAGCCCGCACCUGGCCCCGAGCGACUGCCACCUCUUCCGAUCGCUUCAGCAUCACCUGGAAGAGAAGCGCUACGAUGAUCGUGACCACCUCGAAAAUGACCUUCGGGCUUUCUUCGCCUCCAUGUCGCCGGAGUUCUACGCCAAAGGAAUCCGUGAUCUUGUGAGACGUUCGCAGAAGGUUGUCGAUGUUGAUGGAGAUUAUUUCGUCGAAUAA